AUGGUGAACGUUGAAAAACUGAACGCAAAGAGGGAAAUGAAAGAGGGAAAACUGAAACUUCCUACUACAGUUGUCGCUCGAAGGAGAAAGAUUAAACAGCUCCUUGCGCAGAAAGCUUCUGAAGUUUCGCAGAGCAACAAGCCCAGUGAGAGUGACUCUUUCACUGCUGACAAGAAAACCACGAGUUCGAAGCCUCCACCACAUUCGAAGCGAAAAACCUCUCCAGUAGUUGUCUCAGAUGAGGAUGACAAAUCUCCACCUCGAACCAGACAAGCCCAAAAGAAAAAGCAGAAGGCCGCUACUCCUUCAAGAAAAGAAAAGGGAUCUGGGUCUUCGAAACUUACUUCACCGGGUGACAAGGUAUCUUCUGAAGAAUCACCUUUGAAAGGUGGUAGUAACGCUUUUGUUGUCGAGAGCCACAAUUCGAGCCCAGAUAACAUCCUAACUAAGGAUGAUGUUGGCACAGCCACUUCCGACCUCAAAUCCUUCACUCUUAAUAUUGAUCUUGAUAAACUCCAAGGUAAAUCUCAUGUGCUUUCACCAGUGAUCGAAGACGCUCAACCUCUUGCGACUAUCAUUCCUAGUACAGCAGUCGAAGGGAGCCAUUCAACUGAUGAUUCUCCACCUACCCACAAGAGCGAAAAAGCAGACCAACAAUGUUCAGGUAGCAACAAUGCAGCUGGUCAUCCAACUGGUAGUGAGGACACUUUAUCUGAACAAGAUGUCAGGGAAGAAACCUCCAAAUUAACCACAGUAGUUUCUCACGAAACCACAACUUUUGGGACCAUAGUUUCUCCUGAAACUACUUCGACUCCUGCCCCAACAAAGCCUACUCCUUCAGAAUUGGAGGAGCUUAAACAAACCGAUCCUCUCAGCUUCCUCAAGGCUAUGAUGGAUAUUGAUAAUACUUCACCUUCUGAGCUCAAAACUUCUCCAGCUGUACAACCAGAAUCUGGAAUCCAACAUUUCGAGGCUGCACGAAAACUAGUUCCUGAAAUUGACGAACUGAAGAAACAAAGGGCCCUAAUUGAACUUCGCAUGUCUUCCUGGGAGAUUCAAUAUUCGAAGACAAAAGAUAGUCUCCCUAAAGAUUUUAAUUAG